GCUUUGAGAAUGACGCGAAAUUCCCGAUUCUAACGGCAGUUGCAACUUGCAAAGCAAAAAAACUGAAAAUCUGGGUACCGAGAAUAACCGAGACCGAGAGAGAGAGAGAGAGAGAGAUAGAGAGAGAAAGAGAGUGAAGAGGGGUGUCUUUCAGAUCUGAAGAUCUAAACUCGCGGGAGGGAGAGGUUCUCUGUUUAUGGAAAAUGGAGUUCUUCGACAACUUGCCAGCCAUGGAUCUUAUGCGUUCGGAGAAGAUGACCUUUGUUCAGCUAAUAAUACCUUUCGAAUCUGCUCAUAGAGCCAUCUCUUAUCUCGGCGAACUCGGUCUUCUCCAAUUCAGAGAUUUGAAUGAUGAUAAAAGCCCUUUUCAGCGAACAUUUGUUAAUCAGGUAAAAAGAUGCGGAGAGAUGUCACGGAAGCUACGAUUUUUCAAGGAUCAAAUCAAUAAAGCCAGUCUGCUACCUCUUACACAUCCUACAUUACAACCAGAUAUUGACUUGGAGGAAUUAGAGACACAACUUGCUGAGCAUGAAACUGAACUUGUUGAGAUGAACGCAAAUGGAGAGAAAUUGCGACAGACUUACAAUGAGCUCCUGGAAUUUAAGAUGGUAUUGCAAAAGGCAGGUGGUUUCCUUGUUUCAGCUCAGAGCCACAAAGUUACAGAGGACAGAGAAUUAGAGGAAAAUUUAUAUUUAAACAAUGACUAUAUCGAGAGGGCAUCAUUACUUGAACAGGAAAUGCAGCCUGGGCCAUCAAACCAAGCUGGUUUGAGAUUUAUUAGUGGUAUUAUUUGUAAAUCUAAAAUUUUAAGAUUUGAGAGGAUGCUAUUCCGUGCUACAAGGGGCAAUAUGUUUUUUAAUCAGGCACCAGCCGAAGAGUAUGUCAUGGACCCUGUAUUGGCUGAAAAGGUUGAGAAAUCAGUUUUUGUAGUUUUCUUCUCAGGGGAGCAAGCAAGAACAAAAAUACUGAAAAUUUGUGAUGCAUUCGGUGCAAAUUGCUACCCUGUUUCUGAAGAUAUUACCAAACAGAGGCAAAUAACUCAAGAGGUUUUAUCACGUCUCUCUGAACUGGAAGCCACCUUGGAUGCUGGGAUUCGCCAUCGGAACACAGCCCUUAAUUCAAUUGGAUCUCACUUAAAGAAGUGGACUGAUAUGGUAAGAAAGGAGAAAGCAGUAUAUGAUACACUGAAUAUGCUGAAUUUUGAUGUGACAAAGAAAUGUCUCGUAGGGGAGGGUUGGUGCCCAAUAUUUGCAAAACCUCAGAUUCAGGAGGUACUGCAACGUGCAACCUUUGAUAGCAAUUCACAAGUGGGGAUAAUAUUUCAUGUGAUGGAUGCUGUGGAAUCACCACCUACAUAUUUUAGAACCAACAAGUUCACACAUGCAUUUCAGGAAAUUGUUGACGCAUAUGGAGUUGCUAGAUAUCAAGAAGCAAAUCCUGUAGUUUAUACUGUAAUUACGUAUCCGUUUCUUUUUGCCGUGAUGUUUGGGGAUUGGGGUCAUGGAAUAUGCUUGUUGUUGGGAGCAUUAAUUCUAAUAGCUCGUGAGAGAAGACUUGGUUCUCAGAAACUUGGCAGCUUUAUGGAGUUGGCGUUUGGUGGACGCUAUGUUAUCCUUCUAAUGGCUGUGUUUUCUAUCUACUGUGGGUUGAUUUACAAUGAAUUUUUCUCUGUUCCAUUUCACAUAUUUGGUUUGAGCGCUUACAAAUGUCGUGAUUCUACAUGCAGUGAUGCGCGUACAACUGGUCUAAUCAAGUACCGUGAUACAUACCCAUUUGGUGUGGAUCCCAGCUGGCGUGGAAAUCGUUCAGAGCUGCCUUUCCUUAACUCCCUUAAAAUGAAGAUGUCUAUAUUGUUUGGUGUGGCUCAGAUGAACCUAGGAAUCAUAUUAAGUUACUUCAAUGCAAGAUUCUUUGCCAGCUCUUUGGAUAUAAGGUAUCAAUUUGUCCCACAGAUGAUCUUUUUCAACAGCCUCUUUGGGUAUCUUGCACUCCUCAUUCUCAUUAAGUGGUGCACAGGGUCUCAAGCAGACUUAUAUCAUGUCAUGAUUUAUAUGUUCUUGAGCCCCACUGACGAUAUUGGUGAUAAUCAAUUGUUGUGGGCUCAGAGACCAUUGCAGAUAUUGUUGUUGCUUUUGGCUAUUGUUGCUGUUCCUUGGAUGCUUUUUCCGAAGCCUUUGAUUUUGAGGAAGAUUCAUAUAGAGAGAUUUCAAGGACGUACAUAUGGGCUUCUAGGUACAUCUGAGAUGGAUCUGGAUUCAGAACUUGGUUCUGCACGGCAACGUCAUGAAGAAUUCAAUUUUAGUGAGGUCCUCGUCCAUCAAAUGAUUCAUGCCAUUGAGUUUGUUCUAGGUGCAGUCUCAAAUACUGCUUCUUACCUUCGGCUUUGGGCUCUUAGCUUAGCCCACUCGGAAUUAUCAACUGUUUUCUAUGAGAAAGUCCUCCUUCUUGCAUGGGGGUUUGACAACAUACUCAUCAGACUGGCUGGGCUUGCAGUAUUUGCAUUUGCCACUGCCUUCAUAUUACUUAUGAUGGAAACUCUCAGUGCUUUCCUCCAUGCUUUGCGUCUUCAUUGGGUGGAAUUCAUGGGCAAGUUUUACUUCGCCGAUGGCUAUAAGUUCAGACCCUUCUCAUUUGCAUCCUUGCCAGAGGAGGACGAUUGAUCCUCUUUAAUUUCCUACCAUAAUGUUGUUUCUCACUAUCUUGAAAAAGAAGUGUGAAGAUGAAACUCAUGAGAUCCAACAAUAGCAGUGAACAGAUUUUGCUGGGUCAAUAUAGGAAAGAAUCUGAUGCAGGCUGCAGAGUAUGACUCCACUUUGCUGUGUGAUUCGCAGCUCCACUUAGUGUAUAUCUAUCUUUACACAAAAUGUUUGGGAAGUUUUUGGGUAUAGAAAAAAAAUAUCAUUCUACAAUAGGAAGUCAGUAAUCCAUAAUUGAGCUCCUGUAAAUUUAUUUUUACCUUUUUUAUACCCCCCCCCCUGCGUCUCCGAUCCCCCAAUCAAAAGAGGCAUUAGAUUUCAUUUUUUUUGUAAAGAGGAGCUUGGAAUUCCUGAUACACCACCAUUUCCAGUGUGUCACUUCUGCAGAGAAGCUGAAUUUUGAAAAAAAAAAUAUUAAGAGUAGAUGUGCAUGUUGCAGAAACUUCGCUCUCAAAGAGUUUCCUUUUGAGUGUUUUCUUCUUUCCCGCUUAGAAGUGAGCUUUUGUAUCAUCAAAUUCAUACAUGUUUAAACUCUUUACUUUUUUGUAUAAUAAAGCCCAUGAUGAGCUAAUUGCUUUA